CGUUAUCCACUUCGAGAGAGUGACACGUCACGAUGCAAAUCCAAAUUCAAAAAAAUCUUUUCCAUAAAUCAAAUCUCACAUCUUCUUAUUACUUCCCCCAAAUCGAAAUCAGUCACUUAAAAACCCUAAAUCAUGGCGAUCGCACCGACAAUGCAGACGACGUUCGUGUCAUCGACCAACUUCCUGAAACAUUCUUCUUCGUGGGGAUCAUCAUCAUCACCGAACAAUGUGAUUCUUCCCAAAAACAAGAGAUCGUCUUCCUCCGUAGUUGUCGCCGCCGUCGGUGAUGUCUCUUCUGACGGAACAAUCUACUUAAUCGGCGGAGCCAUCGCCGUUGCACUCGUCGGAACUGCAUUUCCGAUCCUCUUCAAACGCAAAGACACGUGUCCGGAAUGUGACGGAGCAGGAUUUGUGAGGAAAGGAGGAGUGACUCUGAGAGCGAAUGCAGCACGCAAGGAUCUUCCUCAGAUCGUUUGUGCUAACUGCAAUGGACUGGGAAAGCUUAACCAGAUUGAUAAAUCAUAAGAGAGUCUUCAUAUUUAUGUAAAAGCUCCAUUUUUUAUUCCUCUUCUUCUCUACAAUAUACCUCUGCAAGAGAAGAUAGCUUGGAAUGAUCAAUGGUUGCUUGGAGAUGGAUGGAUAUAUAAUUUUAAUUGUAAGUUUAUUUGCUUUCUUGUUCUGUAAGAAAUUGUCUUGAGUAUUAUUGUAAUUGUAUACUGUAUUCGAAAUUGUAGACCAAGACCCAAACGUCUUAAAAAUAUCUAAAUGCUGGAUAAGUAA